GGAGGGUCGAGAGAGAGAGAGAGAGAGAUGGGGAUCGAGUAGAAGCUGCUCGGCUCGUAGCAGGGACUCGGCGACGCUGCGAACGUGUGUAUCGUCAUUUACAGGCGAAUGUUGUGUGCGGACCCGUGGAGGAAGUGCUUCCGUCGCGGCGAGGCAGCGACUGUAGGCCGAGCCGGGGACGGCUGGAGCUGCUGGGGCUUUUCUGGAGAGGGAAAACAACAUGGCUGCGGUGGAGCUCGAAUGGAUCCCAGAGACACUGUACAACACGGCUAUCUCGGCUGUGGUGGACAACUACAGCCGAUCGAGAAGGGACAUCCGGUCCCUGCCAGAAAACAUACAGUUCGAUGUCUAUUACAAGCUUUAUCAGCAGGGCCGACUCUGCCAGCUCGGAGGAGAGUUCUGUGAGCUGGAGGUGUUUGCUAAAGUUCUGCGGGCCUCAGACAAAAGACACCUCCUGCACCACUGUUUCCAGGCCCUAAUGGACCAUGGUGUGAAAGUUGCCUCAGUUCUGGCCAACUCCUUCAGCCGCCGCUGCUCCUACAUCGCAGAGUCUGAUGCCCACGUCAAAGAGAAGGCCAUCCAGUUUGGCUUUGUGCUGGGUGGAUUCUUGUCUGAUGCGGGUUGGUAUGGAGAUGCAGAGAAAGUAUUUCUUUCGUGCCUGCAGCUGUGUACGCUGCACAGUGAGGUCCUCCAUUGCUACCGGGCUGUAGAAUGCUGCGUCAGGCUGCUUCAUGUCCGCAAUGGUAAUUGUAAAUACCAUCUGGGGGAGGAGACCUUCAAGCUCGCUCAGUCUUACAUGGACAAACUAGCCAAACAAGGCCAUGAGGCCAAUAAGGCUGCGCUGUAUGGCGAGCUUUGUGCCUUGCUCUUUGCCAAAAGCCACUAUGAUGAGGCAUACAGGUGGUGUAUAGAGGCUAUGAAGGAAAUAACUCCAGGUCUGCCUGUCAAAGUAGUGGUUGAUGUCCUCCGGCAAGCCUCCAAGGCCUGCGUGGUGAAGAGAGAGUUCAGAAAAGCAGAGCAGCUGAUCAAACAUGCAGUGUUUCUAGCAAGAGAACAUUUUGGACACAAGCAUCCCAAGUACUCGGACACGCUGCUAGAUUAUGGAUUUUACCUAUUAAAUGUUGACAACAUAUGUCAAUCAGUGGCUAUUUACCAGACGGCGCUGGACAUCCGACAGUCUGUGUUUGGGGGGAAGAACAUCCACGUUGCCACAGCCCACGAAGAUCUGGCUUACUCAUCAUAUGUGCACCAGUACAGCUCUGGGAAAUUUGACAAUGCUCUAUUCCAUGCAGAACGUGCCAUAGACAUCAUAACUCACAUUCUGCCUGAGGACCAUCUGCUGCUGGCCUCCUCCAAAAGAGUCAAAGCCCUGAUACUGGAGGAAAUUGCCAUCGACUGCCACAAUAAAGAGACCGAAGAGCGCCUCCUGCAGGAGGCUCACGAUCUGCACCUCUCAUCACUUCAACUGGCCAAGAAGGCCUUCGGAGAAUUCAACGUCCAGACGGCCAAACACUACGGCAAUUUAGGACGACUCUACCAGUCCAUGAGGAAGUUCAAGGAGGCAGAGGAGAUGCACAUCAAAGCCAUCCAGAUCAAGGAGCAGCUCCUGGGCCACGAGGACUACGAGGUGGCUCUGUCUGUUGGCCACCUGGCAUCUCUCUACAACUACGACAUGAACCAGUAUGAAGACGCAGAGAGGCUCUACCUGCGCUCCAUCGCUAUUGGUAAGAAACUGUUUGGAGAGGGUUACAGUGGGCUGGAGUACGACUACCGAGGCCUGAUCAAACUCUACAACUCAGUGGGAAACUACGAGAAGGUGUUUGAAUACCACAACGUGCUGUCCAACUGGAAUCGGCUUAGGGACAGGCAGUUUGCUGUGGCGGACGCUCUGGAGGAUGUCAACACUACGCCCCAGCAGACCCAGGAGGUGGUGCAAGCUUUCUUAUUGGCUCAGAGCUUAGGCCCCACCCGCCCCUGUCUCGGCUGAUUUUAUGAGUGAUGAGAGGAAAAACGGACACUUGGGGAUUAGCCUGGUGAAGAUGCGAAAUGAGCCCAAAUGUGAUGCUUCAGUGGCACACAAAUAAUUAGUGAUACACAGUUAAUCAACGCGUCACUGGCAAAUGAGUUGGCUGGUGUGGUCAACUGUAAGCUGCCAGUGUGCACGCGCACGCGCACACACACACACACACACACACACGAACACACACACUAGAGAUAACACCAUUGUCAAACCUCAUUGACAGACACCCACACAAACCACCAGGAUGCAACUUCAGACAGGAUGCAGCUUCACCUCACAGAUAAUACUGUUCCAUUUCUCCAAGAGAAAGAGAACCCAUGACUGAGCUGGGGGGGUUCAAAAAGACCUCAAACAUCCUGAGAGGAUGACUAAUGACCCCUUCUCCUCACUAGUCCUGCUUGCCUUUUUCUUUUCAGUUUGGAAUCUGAGGACUUUUUGCUUUUGUAUUUGAGCCAGAGUAGCUCUCAAUGCCAUGACACUCAUUGCAGAACAAAACCAUAUUCUCCAGGAUUGUGAAUUACAGAGCAUCUGGACCCCACAUGAGAAAUGUUUCAGCCCACAUCCAUCAGCAUCAUAACUCAUUGGAUCACAUGGAAGUUGUCUAAUAUUUGACACUUGUACAGUGUAAUGAUACUGCAGAUUGUACACCUAUAUUUCAGUUGAAGGCUUCUUUGUUAUUUCUUUUGCAAGGAAAUGAAAGUGGACUUGUUAUGAAUUGCUUGGUGGAGAUUAAACAGUGGAAUGUGUUGAACCAGUGGGUAAAUUGUUACACACAUAACAGGCUUCACAGGUUUGUUUUCAAUUUGUUUUAUCAGUUUUUUCCAGCUUAGUCCUGACAUAGCAUCAUUAAAAUGCCAAUAACUUAUAUACAGAAGUGUGUUUAUGUAGCCCUUUGUUUAUGCUUUCCUUACUGAGUAAACAAGUCAACACUAUUUCUUUAAAAACAAGGGACAUGACUCGGAGUGAAAAGAGGAUGAUGCUACAUGUACAGAGGUUAAAAGCCUCCCUUUCUUUGUUCAUGUGAAGGUGUGGCUUUAUGUGUGUGUCUGUUUGCGUGUGUCUGUUUGCGUGUGUGUGUGUGUCAGUAUUCACAGAUAUAACUCUGGGUGCCAAAGUGCUCCACUGGUGACUACCAGCCUUACACCAGCUUCAGUUAUGUCUGUAGACGGACCCAUACUUCUAAGUGCUAAAUAAACUUAUACCCUUAAGGGUACUACAAUGGGUACAAAAAUGUGGUGUGUAUGUGAGUAUGUGUGCCCGUGCAUCUGGCCUUUCCUCUCCACUCCAAUAUCCCAUAAAUGCAAGGAUCCAUGUAUGUGUUUUUUACUGGACUUUUUCUUUUUGCCUCCAUCAGUCAAAGUGUUUACGACCAAAAUCUCAUCUUUUGUUUCCUCUCACAGCUGAACUGUCUCAGUGCAGCUCUUAAAACUGUGACGCUCACUUAAUCAUCAGUAAAAAUUCAUCUUUCCCACCAAUCUGAUACUUCAUUGAUGUCGCUGCUUAGCUGCUGGUCCACUUUAUAUUGAAAGGAUCGGCUGACUCAAAUUUAAUUUAAAAAGAGGAUUUGUCUCACUUACCCGAAGUGAAGCUUCCUGAACUUUAACCAGAUUUUCAUAGCUGAACAAUGUUGAAUCGGCUGACACAUUGCAUUAACAAAAUCUUCAAUAUUAACCAUAUAUUAAGGAUCCAUUGGUUAUUCAUAUAGUUAAAAUAGAAUUUCACUUACACUACACAUAUAACACAUGCAAUUAUCUCUAGCAUUUCUCCUGUAGAUUAGAUUUUAUCAGUCCAGCUUCGUCUGUUAAACUUUCAUCCUGUCAGAGAUGAUCAUGGCUGGUAACUCAUAACAAAACAAUUCAAUGUAAAAUCCUACUUUAAUUUACAGUGACCCAUUACAAUGAACGGUAAAAUGAAUGUAACUCUACAGUCACAAAUACAGUCAAUGUGUAAAGAGAUAACUGAUGGGAAUUUGCUCUGAACAGUACGUCCUGAUGGAAUGUGUGAGUCCAGCUGGAAAACAGAUUUUGGCAUUAAUGUCUGCAAAAUUAGUGAAAACGUGAUGCCUUCACGUACCCCAGUUUUUUUAAUAACUGAAGAAAUGAAGCUUUGUCUUGAUGUUGCUUAAGUGCUGUGGCACAUCUCUCCCUCGAGAAGUGAUGUGAGUCAGUGGGUCCAGCUGAGGAGGUCCAGCCUUAGUCCCGUUAAAGGACGCUCCGCUCCACUCAUGGUGCUUCUACAGGCACGCCCCCCCCCCACCCCCCUCAGUGACAGGACGUUUGCACAGUGUAUGUAAACCGGAGGUCGCUAUUAAAUCAAGUUCACUAGUCACCCUCCCUCCUAACUCAUUCAUCCUCUUCUCCCUUCUUCCCUCCCUCCCUCCUUCCUACCCUCAGGCCUUCAUCCUCUUCUCCCGUCUUCCCUCAUCCCUACCCUCAUCACUUUAUCCUCUUCUCCACCUUCAUCGCAAACCUCACCCCUUCAUCCUCUUAUCCCUCCCUCUCCCAUUUAUCGUCUUCUCGCUACUGCCAUCAUCCCCUCAUCCUCCAUCCCCUGCCUACCUUCCCUCAUUAGUUCAUCCUCCUCUCCCUCCUUCCUUCAUCCCAUCAUCCUCUUGUCCCCACCAAACCUCAUCCCCUCAUCUCCCUCCAUCCUCUUCUCCCGUCGUCCCUACCCACAUCUCUUUAUCUUCCUCUCAAUCCAUUUCUCAUCUCUUCUUCCUCUUCUCUGUCUUUUGCUCCUCCCUAUCUCCUGAUCCUCUUCUCUCGUUCCUUCAUCCCCUUCUCCCUCCUUCCCUCAGACUUUCAGUCUGCACCUCAACAUCUUAUACAUAAUUUCAGUGAAACCUUUCAAUGACACAUUGUUGUGGCGUGGUCUUGCAAGUGGGCAGUUGAAGAUUCAAGAUUAUACCAUUUGCAGAUCAGUGUGUGUUAUUGUGGAGCGGGGCUUAUUGCAUGAUCAAUACAUUUCUUGCCAUUGUGAAGAAAAACUGCAAAAAUUUAAUGGGGAAAAUCUACCCUGAGAUACUCGUGCAUUGUUAAGAGGUUUUGUUCAUUCGAUCUGUCUCAUCCUCUGCUACACUUUAAUCAAAGGUAAUUUCUCUACUUGUUUAACUUCAGUCUGGUCUGUUAGGGCUGUUGUGUUUACCCCACUGGCAAGAGACUCCUGCUUCUUCUGUGGUGGAGACAGAUUUCUCUCUGUGCCACCUGUAAAAGUUCAACAAAGCUCCUGUUCCCACUGAUUUUGACAUGAAGUGUUUACUGUCCAUACUGAACCUGAAGUGUCAGUAUGGCCGACAGGAAAAAGAAAAGUACAUUUCGAAAGAUGGACUCAGAAGUGUUUUGAAGCAGUGUUUAAAUGUAUUGAGAGUGUCUUUCCUUUAAUAUGACCUCGAUAAAUCAGCUGACUGGUGGAAUGUAGGAGACAGGGUUUGACUCGACAACCUAGGAUUGUCAUCAUUGUGAUCUGAAAGGGAAUGAAAUAGUUGUAAGGGCUGGAGGAGGGGCGGCGGGUCAGGGCGGGGUGUGGCUGUGGACCUUGGACAAAUGUUAAAUAAAGCUGUGAUCUCUCCUUUCAGUUCAGACGAUGUGACUGACACCAAAUGUGAUGAGGGAAUGUUUCACUGUUGUCUUGUUACUGCUUCACUGUUAGCUGCAAAAACAUUAAAACUUAAAGUGUAUCAUUGAUCACAAACACCA